GGCUUUCUUCUGGCUGGUGUCACUGCUGCUCUCCUCCCUCAUCUGGUUUAUCGCCGUUAAAGCCAGUGACCCUUGGGAUGAGCCGUUGCAGAAAGGGCUCUUGAUAUUUGGGGUGAUGUUCUCUGUGCUGCUGCAGGAGGCCUUCCGCUUCCUCUACUACAAGCUCCUCAGGAAGGCCAUCGAGGGGCUGGUGGCCCUCAGUGAGGACGGCUGCUCCCCCAUUUCCAUCCAGCAAAUGGCGUAUGUGGCUGGUAUGGGCUUCGGGCUCAUGAGUGGCGCCUUCUCCAUGAUCAAUCUUCUGGCAGAUGCAUUAGGGCCUGGCACCGUGGGCAUCCAUGGGGACUCACAGCUCUACUUCCUGACCUCAGGUGAGCAACUGGCACCCUUCACCCACACUUUCUGGGGGAGCCUCUUCUUCCAUGGCUGUGAGCACCAGCACUGGUGGGAGAUCACAGCUGUCAUUGUCAUGCACCUCGCCGUUUCGGGGUCGGUGAGUAGCCGGGAGUGGAGCUCUGCACUGGUACCUAUAUUUGUGCUGUUGGCCCCCGCCGCCACUUGGGCUUACCUGCUCUCAGGGGGCUCUGCCCAGAACCUGCAGCGCUUCCUGCUCUGGCUAUGGAGCAGAGCCAGCCCUCAGCUGGAAUCCUGA